CCCCUUGAUUUUUCUGGAAACCAAACUACAGUGAUACCUCUAUUAAUGAAAACCUCUAAAUAGUGAACCCUUCCCAAUAAUAGACACUUUUAAAUUCCCCGGCUAAACUGUGUGUACAUAAUAGGAGGUAUAACCACUUAAUAGUGGAUAUGGUACCAAAAUUAAAAAUUACCUCUCAUAAAUGUACAUAUUGAAAAUGUUUAAAAUACUAUAUUUAUAUUUUAUACAUUUCAUUCAUAUUUUAUCUUAAUAGUUUUCCUAUUCGAUAAAUGACAAAAUAGUACAUAUCGAAAAUGAUUUAAGUUAUAAAAAUACUAUAUUUAUCUUUUAUACGUCCCCCUUUAGUGGACAUUUUGUAAUUUCUCACAAAUGUUCACUAUGUAGAGGUUGUCCCAAUAGUGGACAGUUUUUUAUUCCCCAUGGUUGUCCUCUAUAUAGAGCUGUGGUUUUCAACCGGUGUCCCGCGAGCGCCCUUGAAAUGUACUGCAAUAAAUCUAUUAAUAGUUUUAUAAUUUUGUGUUUACCAUUAUUAUUAUCGAUAUUCGGUGAAAACUGAUAAAUAAAAAACAAAGACUGGUUAAAUCAUUAAUCGUAGAUACUUAUUAUAGCAUUUAAUAUUAGUAUGCCCGUCGCAGCCUUUUCGGUCGUUUUAAGUAGCUUCGCGGAAUAUUGUAUUAUAUGCACUAUACUCAUAGGUAUUUCUUUGUGUUUUUAAUGACUUAUGUCCUACAUGGUAUAUUUUAAAUAAUACUUGUAAUUAUAAUUUGUAUAAUGUAUACAUUUAUAAUUCGUUUAACUGACAGCACUUCAGUAAGUGAACAACCAAAAAAAAAACUAAAUCAAAUAUCAGACGUCAAUAUCAUGAAGAUUAUUUAAACAUUGGAUUUUCUUGGUCCGGUAAUGUAGAUAAUUCUUGUCCGUGGUGACUUGUAUGUGACGAAAAACUAUUCAAUGAAACAAUGAUUCCAAGUAAACUAAAACGUCAUUUUUCCACCAAGCAUCCUCAUUUGGUCGAUAAAAAUGCUUCAUAUUUUCAACGUUUAUUAAAAUCAGAAACACGACAAUCUGAAAAAAUGACAAAAAUAGUGACCAUUUCUGAUAAAACUCAAGAAGCUAGUUAUCUAUUAGGAGACCUUGUAGCUAAACAAAUGGAACCACACACUAUGGCAGAAAAACUUAUUUUACCUGCUUGCUGUGAAACCGUAAAAGUACUUUUUGGCCAAGAAACUGAAAAAGAAAUACUAAAAAUUCCUAUAUCUGACAACACCAUUAGUAGGCGUACAGAACACAAGUCUGAAGAUAUUGAAGAAUAAGUAUUGUAACAAUCCUGUGAUUCUUCAUUAUUUGCAUUAAAACUUGACGAGUCAACUGACAUAAGUGGGCAAGCACAACUUUUGGUAUCUAUACGAUUAGUUGCCAACGAAUAUAUCGUGGAAAACGUUUUGUAUUGUAAAACACUUCUCAGGAACACUUCAAAAUCAUGGACUAAAAUCUGAAAUUCGUCAAUUUACCAUGGGAUAAAUGCAUUGAAAUAUGUUCCGACAGAGCUCCUAAUAUAACUUAAAGCCAAUCAAAGGCUUUAUUUCUCUUGCCAAGAAAAAAAUGAAAAUAUAAUUUUCACCCAUUGUUUUAUACAUAGAAAAGCCCUUAUGUUAAAAACAUUGGUAGAUGAUUUAAGGGAAGUUUUGGAUCAAAUUGUGUAAGUGAUAAAUUAUAUUAAAAAUAGUUCAUUAAAGUCAAGGUUGUUCGAUCAAAUUUAUAAAGGUGUGAAGGUGUGGAUUCAGACAACUCAAAGUUACUUUUUCACAGCGCAAUAAGAUUGUUAUCAAGAGGCCGGGUAUUACGUUUUUAUGAUUGAGUGAAAAAUAAUAGUAUCUUUAACAAUAGAAGAAUCGAAAUACGAGUUUCUUGGAGAUAAAAGUGGUAGUUAAAAAUUUCUUUUUUAAUUGAUAUUUUUAAACUUUUGAAUAAAUUAAAUACAAGCAUGCAAGGUCGUAACGAAAAUAUCUUAACAUCAUCUGACGAAAUUAUGGCUUUUAAUAAAAAAUUAAUUCUAUGGAAAACUCAAGUUGAUCAAAAAAAAAAUUGACAAUGUUCCUACGAACUGCAGAGCGAGAUGCAGAUACAAACCUCCUAUCGUUAAUAAGCGAAUCUAUCAUGUUACUAAAAAACAAAAUGAAAUACUUUCCCAGCAUAAAUGUCGAAGACUAUGAAUGGGUGCGGAAUCCAUUUAGUGUAUCAGUUAAUGAGGUGAUUGGUUUGACAUUCACCAAAGAAGACAAUCUUAUUUCACUAAAAAAUUAUCGAACAUUGAAGUUAAAAUUUAAAGAAAUGACCAUUAACAAAUUUCGGAUAUAUACUUAAGCAGAAUUUCCUGAAAUAUCUAUUAAAGCAAUAACAAUUUUACUACCAUUCUCCACAUCGUAUGUAUACGAAUAAGGAUUCUCAGCAGUCACAACAAUAAAAAGUAAAAAAAGAAAACGACUUCGAUACGUAGAAGAACUGAGUUUGAGUUUGUCAACAGUUCGUCCUCGAAUAAAACACUUGUCCACUACACAUCAAGCACAAAUGUCUCAUUUUAAUCGAUGUAAUUGUAUUUCAUUGUACAACAAUAUUAUCAUAUAAAAUAAAUAUUUCUGCUGACACAUUUUUUCAUCAUUUUAUUAAUUUAUUUCACAAUAAUUAACCCUCUAAUAGAGUAGAUUGUAAACAGUG